GGUCGCUUUUUGUGCUCUUCAUGAGAUCGACAGAAACUUGCUGUUUAAAAAUGCUGCCGGCGAUUUAAAGAGCAUUUGUAUCAGUUCUGGAUACGCAAAUUUAUUUUGGACUUUGCGUCAGAUUAAACGAGAUGAGUUUCCUUCAGCUGGAUGAUUUCUUGGCAGGAUGGAUAGCAGGAGCCUCCAGUGUGAUUGUUGGUCAUCCACUUGACACAGUGAAGACACGUUUACAAGCUGGAAAAGGCUGCAAGAAUGCCCUACAUUGUAUUGUAAGCAUCUAUAAAAAGGAAACAGUUGCUGGCUUUUUCAAGGGACUGUCCUUCCCACUAGCUAGCAUCACCCUUUAUAACUCAGUGGUGUUCGGCUUCUUCAGCAACUCCCAGAGAUUUAUUAGUGAGCUCCGUUACGGCGAUGGAAAGCACCAGUGCGGUAUGCUCGACCUGACUGUGGCCAGCAUGCUGACCGGCCUGGUAUCAGUGAGCCUGGGGGCCCCUGUGGAACUUGUCAAAAUAAGACUGCAAAUGCAAACACAACCUGUUCUUGCACAAAACCUAACGCUGGCUGGGAAUGGCAGUGUGUCUGGGCGGUCAGUGGGUCUCCAGAGCCAGUCCAUGUACAGAGGCCCUCUUCACUGCAUCAGCAGCAUUCUGCAGGCCGAGGGAAUUCAGGGUUUGUACAGAGGAGCAGGAGCCAUGAUAUUGCGCGAUGUGCCUGGAUAUGCCCUCUACUUCAUCCCAUACACAUUACUUCGUGACUGCCUUACUCCUAGUAACAACAGUUCACCUCACCCCUCCUCUAUAUGGCUAGCAGGAGGACUAGCAGGAUCUAUCUCUUGGGUCACGGCAACACCAGCCGAUGUGGUUAAGAGUCGAUUGCAGGCUGACACCAUGCACCACAGAAAAUAUAAAGGCAUUAUCCACUGCAUUUUACAAAGUUACAAGACUGAUGGACUUCAGGUUUUUUUCCGAGGUGCAGCUGUAAGUGUUAUCAGAGGAUUUCCCAUGAGUGCUACUAUGUUCCUGAUCUACGAACUGUCACUCAAGUUUCUUCGAAGCCUGUAACAAAUGUACAGGAAAAACAGCUAGUUUUAAUGUUAAGCAUCAUGGCUCAUAAUAUCAGUUUUCUGGCUUUAUAUUUUUAGAACUGAUUGUGGGCUUCUUAGUUGUUGAUACUUCUAUGAUAUAGUAUCACUUAAGCUUUUACUUAUUUCUUACAUUAAGAAAGAAAACGAGCAUGAUUUUGACAUAAUUUUACUAAUGCUAUUUUAUUAAGGAAUUUUAACAUAUAUAUUUACUAAUUUUAUAUGUUGAUAGUGUUUAAAUACUUUCACUGUGAUAUUUGGUUACACUCUGUAAAAGGGCCAACAGCAUUUGGCAACAGCUAAAAAUAUGAUUUUGUUGCAUUUCGUUAUGUAAAUACAAGACAUCAGCCUUCUAAAUUAAAAUGUUUAUAUUUUAAUAUGUACAUCUGUAAAUGUAGUACAUUUGAAUUACUCAUAAAAACUAUGACAUGUAUAGAA